AUGUUGCCUCUGCCUCAUUUCACGGAUCUGCAGUGUAACAAGUGGUUUCCAGAGCUGUGUGAACCCUCUGACCUUGACAGAGUGGCCGUCUGCUGGGCAGCGAUAGUCCCAGGGCUGCAGUUGUCCUGUAACAGGACAAGUGGGCUGAGUCGUCAGAUUGAGCUGUGGGCUGCGGCAUGCUUCACUCCCACAGCUGACUGCCAGGCUCAGAAGUUAAAAUCCAUGCGAUGCAACAUCAAGACAACGUUUACCUUGAAUACAGCAUGUACUGCUUGUGCUGCAGCGCCUAAAAUGUUUUGUCCAAGAGGCUGGUUAAAGACCACCCAAGGAUUAGGCGUGAAGGACUGCAGAUACACUGUCAAGUUAGGAGAAAAUACCCUUUCCCAGCCAGGGUGCCAUCACAUAUGUAAGAAGGAAAUUGAGGAGAAAAAGUGCUGUCCAGGAUUCUGGGGUACGGAGUGCUAUGAGUGUCCAGGUGGCUCCCAAAAUCCCUGCAAUGGCCGUGGGACAUGCUUGGAUGGUAUGCAGCAAAAUGGGACCUGCAUCUGCAAGGAGCAAUACAGUGGUUUUGCCUGCCAGAACUGUCGAGAUGAAAAUCGUUUUGGCCCAGACUGUCAGUCAGUGUGUGACUGUGUGCACGGGGAAUGCAACAGCGGCAUCACUGGGAACGGAAGCUGCAUCUGCUAUGGAGGCUACACUGGCCCCAGGUGUGACCAAGAGCUUCCCCUUUGCAAAGGCGUGACAUGCGAGACCAACAGCGAAUGUGUGGUAAGGGAUGGGACAGCAAUGUGUGACUGCAAGCUGGGCUACAGAAAAAGCGGGAGCACUUGCCAAGCUCAGGAUCCUUGUGCUGCUUCUCCAUGCUCUCCCUUCGCUGUAUGUAAGGUUCUUGGACCACGAAAGUAUCAAUGUACCUGCAAAGAAGGAUUUCAAGGAGAUGGGAAGAUUUGCCAGCCCAUAAACCCUUGUGUUGACAGCAACGGAGGCUGCCUAGAAAACUCUACGAUUUGUGUUUACAGACGUCCAGGUGAGGCAUCUUGUGUUUGCAAGCCUGGGAUGCGUAGGAGAACUCCAUCGUCCGAGUGUUCUGCAUUUCCCAAUGAUUGCCGGCAGUAUUUUUGUGACGUCACUUCCACGUGUGAAAUUAAUUCCCAGGGGAAUCCUAGCUGUGUGUGUAAAGAAGGGGAGAUUGGAGAUGGGAGAAGUUGCUAUAAAGAUCUCUUGAGUGAGAUACAUCAGCAUAAUUCACGAGGAAAGUUUGCUGGGAAAUUAAAUGUCGCCAGGAAAUUGUUUGCUUCUGGUUGCUCAGUGUUGCUGAGUAAAUAUGGGCCUUUCACAGUCUUUGUACCAUCCCUUCUUCCGAUUCACGAUAGAAUGGAAUUUAAUGUGACAGCUAGCUUGCAGCUAGCGCUUGGAUAUAAGAAGGAUACCACUGCUGAGCAUUUGUGCAGAAUGCACAUUGUUCCUGGUCUGCAUUUGGUAGACGACAUGGUAAAAGCCAAGACUCUGUGGACGUUGUCAGGACAUCAGCUAACAUUCAGUAGCCAGAUGUACAUGAAAACAUUUCGAUAUCAAGACCUGCCGGGGGAACUGUACAAUGUUUUGCAAUCGAACCUACCAGCAGCCAAUGGCAUCAUGCAUAUCGUUAACACCCUAAGGAAAAAAACCAGCACUGACAACCUCAGAACCCCACAGAAAACCAUUGGUGAGAUCCUUGCAUCAAUGGACAUCUUCAGUAGAUUUGAAACUAUACUGGAGAACUGUGGCCUGCCCGCAAUACUGGAUGGACCAGGCCCUUUCACUGUGUUUGCACCCAGCAAUGAUGGUGUGGAUAAGUUGCGAGAUGGAAGGCUCAUUUAUCUUUUCACAGAGGGCAUAAAUAAGCUUCAGGAGCUCGUGAAACAUCAUAUCUACACUUCAGCAGCGGUGACUGUAGAGAAACUGAUAAUGAUGCCACACAUUGUUACUAUGGCUAACCAGAUACUCACCAUCAACGUCAGUGCAGACGGAAGAAUUCUGAUGGGUGAAUCAGGGAUCCCCAUAAACAUGCGAGACAUUGUGGCAUCAAAUGGUAUUAUUCAUACCUUGGACGGCAUCUUCAUCCCUCCUUCAAUAAUUCCCAUUUUACCACACAGAUGCAAUGAAGAGCAACAUAAAAUUGUGACGGGCUCUUGUGUGGAUUGUGAGGCCCUCAACAACAGCGUUUGCCCACCUGGCAGCAAAGAAAUGGAACCAAUGCUCUUCCCAAAAGAAUGUGUUUACAUCCAUGAUCCACAAGGCCUGAAUGUCCUGAAGAAGGGAUGCGCCAGGUACUGCAAUCAAACCGUCACGAAACCUGGAUGCUGCAAAGGAUUCUUUGGUCCGGACUGCAUGCCAUGCCCAGGGGGAUUUUCCAGUCCAUGCUAUGGCCGGGGAAAUUGCAGCGAUGGCAUACAAGGGAAUGGCAACUGUCACUGCUUUGAAGGUUUCAAAGGGAUAGCCUGCCACAUCUGUUCAAACCCAAACAAGCAUGGCGAGAACUGUGACGAAGAUUGUGGCUGUGUCCAUGGUGUCUGUGACAACAGGCCUGGCAGUGGUGGUGUGUGUCAGUCCUGGUCCUGUAAGGAAGGCUAUACUGGGAAAUUCUGUGACAGGACGUCCAAGAACUGUGGCCCAAGCGGGCUGUCCCAGUACUGCCACCAGAACGCUGUCUGCAGCCUCAAUGACACAGCAAGAUGCAUCUGCAUGGAUGGUUACGAAGGUGACGGGUUUUCCUGCCAGCCCAUCGACCUGUGCAGUCAGCCAGAGCAAGGAGGCUGUUCACAGAAUGCCCUGUGCACCAGUACGGGCCCCGGCACUGCCACCUGCCAGUGCAACACGGGCUGGACGGGGGACGGGAAGGCCUGCGUGGCUAUAGACAACUGUGUGCUGGAGAGCAGAGGGAACUGUCACAUCAACGCUGACUGCAUUUAUAUUGGCCCUGGACAGAGCAAGUGUGUCUGCCAGAGGGGUUAUGCUGGUGAUGGCUACAACUGUGAUGCAAUCAACCCAUGCCUCAUGGACAACGGUGGCUGCCAUGACUUGGCUAUGUGUGUACCCCUUGGCGGAGGAGAGAGAUCCUGCGCUUGCCCUCAAGGCUACAUUGGGGAUGGCAUGACGUGCUACGGGGACAUUCUAAAAGAGCUGGCCAGGAAUUCCCACUUCGCAGGCUUCUAUGACUGGGUUAAGAAAUCUCUCUUCAGCAUCCCAGAACAAAUCAAUGUCACUGUCCUGGUGCCAUCGGAGGCAGCUAUCAAAAACUUGAGCAAGACUGAGGAAGAUUUCUGGUUGACACCCUACAUGCUGCCAUUUUUAGUCAGGUCCCACUUUCUUGAAGGUGUCUUUACUGGUGAAAAGCUCAAAAAGUACGACAGGCCAGAAUUACUCACCCUCAACCCACAGACCAGAUGGCAGAUAAACACCAGGAGCGACGUAUUGACCAUCCAGAACGCGAGUAUAGUUGUCAGCGACAUCCCUGCCAGCAAUGGCAUUAUUCAUGUCAUCAGUAAGGUUUUGUUGCCGCCUUCAGGAAAUAUCCCACCAAGUCCUCCAGGUCUGCAGAAACAGCUCGAGACAGUUGGCUCAUUCAGCACAUUCAAGGAGUUGCUACAGCAAUACCAGCUCAUUGGAAAAAUAGAGUCCUCUGAAAAAUAUACAAUUUUUGUUCCUGGAAAUAAUUCCAUUGAGGAGUACUGCCAUGCUGCCAAUGUGACACAGUUGGACAAUGAGACAGUGCAGUACCACAUUGUACUGGGAGAGAAGCUCUUGCCCGCGGACUUGAGAAGUGGAAUUCAUAAGAACAGCAUGUUAGGGCUCUCCUACUGGCUAAUGUUUUAUCAAAACAGCACCCAGAAGUUCGUCAAUAAUAUUCCUUUGGAUGGAAAAUUUCUUGAGACAAAGAAUGGCAUGCUGAUUGGGGUUUCACAAGUUCUCCAGAUACAGAAGAAUCGUUGCACUGCCAAUACCACCACCAUACAAAAGUCAAGAUGCAGCAAGUGUGAGAAGGGGAUCAAGUGUCCUGCUGGAUCAGUUCUUGUGGAAUUGCCAGGAAGCAAGAAUCUCGCUCGCUGUGAAUUACGCUCUGGGGAUACAGGAAUACUUGGCUGCCAUUUCACAUGUGCAAAAGUUUCUCUGAGGUCUGUCUGCUGCCCUGGCUACUAUGGACACAUGUGCGAGAUGUGCCCAGGGAAUCCAGGCCAGUGGUGCUCAGGGAACGGGGAAUGCCAGGACGGCAUCGAGGGCAGUGGAGAGUGCCGAUGCCUGGAGGGUUUCCACGGCACUGCCUGUGAAAUGUGUGAAGUGGGCCGAUACGGAGCUGACUGCAAAUCAGAAUGUGCCUGCGACAAUGGCAUAUGUAAUGAUGGACUGCAAGGGGACGGGAGCUGCGAGUGUUUCCCAGGGUGGAAGGGCCCUACCUGCCGAGAAAGAAUUGAGAUUGACUUAUGCAAUAAUACUUGCCAUCAAAUGGCCAACUGCCUCAACAGUUCCGCAGAUUCCCCACCUACAUGCAUCUGCUCUGCUGGAUACACAGGGAAUGGGACCCAUUGCACAGAAAUAGAUCCAUGCACUAUUGAUCAUGGUGGCUGUUCCAUACACGCUGUGUGCACUAAAGUGUCCCCCGGAGAGAGAACCUGUGUUUGUAAGGAAGGCUACGCUGGGGACGGGACGCUCUGCAUGGAAAUUGAUCUCUGUCUCGAAAGCAACGGGGGCUGCCACACCAACGCAGAGUGCAUUAAAACAGGUCCGAGGAAGGUUGCCUGCAACUGUCUUCCUGGUUACAGUGGGGAUGGCAUGAGACAGUGCAAACCCAUCAACUUGUGUCAACAGAACAACGGAGGCUGUAGUCCGUUUGGGCUCUGCAAGUACACAGGCCCUGGCACUCGAAACUGCUCCUGCUCUUGGCACAGUGUUGGAGAUGGCUUCACCUGCCGUGGCAAAGUGCAUCAGACGGAAAACAUCAAGGAGCUCAGCGGGGCAGGGCCUUUCACUGUCUUUGUCCCACGGACAGAUUUCAUAGGAAACACCACAACAUCCCUUCCUUCUAGUCCCAACAAGUGGGAUGUUUGGGGCAAGUGGACACCUGAGGGAGGAGAGACCCUUAUUCAUGACUCUGUGGACCAGGUUCUCAACCAACAGCUUUUUGGUGUCAAUUUUGAGGAGUGGUGGAACAGAGGUCUCCUCCAGGACCUGCUUCGCUACCACAUGGUGGGUUGCCAGAAAUUGCUGUCCAGUGACCUGGAAGCCCAGGAGUCCCUUACAUCUUUAUCUGGCCACAAGAUAAAGAUCACAGUGAAAGAGAAUAGCAUCUAUCUCAAUGAGGAAGCCAAAGUGGUCGAGAGUGACAUCAUUGGUGUGAAUGGAGUCAUUCAUUUCAUCAACAAGAUCCUCAUUCCAAGUGACCUGGUAGACCGUAACAUUUCGUCAAAGAUCUCACGGUUGUUUACUUUCUUCCCUCUGCAGCAAAAUAUCACGGAAGUGGCAGAGGCCUUUGGGUACACCAUUUAUAGCAAACUGCUGCAGGACGCAGAGCUGCUGCCACUGGUUAGUGACCCCCUGCAUAGACCCUUCACCAUGCUGUGGCCCACAGAUGCUGCGUUUAAUGCCCUCUCAGAGAAAAGGCAGAAGUGGCUGUACCGCAGAGAGCAUCGGGACGUCCUGGCCUCCUACCUCAAAGCACACAUGAUCAGGGACACAAAGAUUGUUGCUGGCAAUAUGCCCCAAGUCGAAUACAUACGGACCAUGCACGGCUCCACCGUCUCGUUCAGCUGCAGCAAAACCCAUGUGGGGGAGCUUCUGGUGGGGAACGGCGAUGCCACCAUCAUCCAGAGGCACAUGGAAUUCAAUGGGGGCAUUGCUUACGGCAUCGACAGGCUGUUGGAGCCACCAGAUCUGGGAUCUCGGUGUGAUGAGUUCAUCUUUGUUCAACUGCAGGGAUCUGCAGAGAGCUGCGGACUCUGUGGCUUUGAGCCACCCUGCCCUGCUGGCUCCGUUCAACAGGGGGAAACCAGAUCCUGCUACUAUUACAGAGACCAGCUGUUGAGACACACUUACUUGGUUCACCGCAACUCCCUGUUGCAGCCAUCCUGGCGAUCCUCCCCAUGGGCUGCCUUCAAAAGACACUUCAUUUCUGGGCCGUCUCUGAAACGAGGCUGCAAGAGGACCUGUGUUUCCACCCAGUGGGUCCCUCAGUGCUGUGCGAACCACUAUGGUCGUGACUGUCGGGCGUGCCCGGGAGGGCUGGAGGCACCGUGCAGCAACCAUGGUACCUGCGACGACAAGAUCAGUGGCUCAGGGAGCUGCAACUGCAGCCAGGCUUUCAUCGGGACCAGCUGUGAGCUGUGCGCGCCGGGCAGAUAUGGGCCAGACUGCCGAGAAUGUAACUGUACCGAGAACGGCGUGUGCAACGGAGGACUGCAUGGCGAUGGCUUCUGCUUCUGUGCCGAGGGCUGGACUGGAGACCGCUGUGAAAUCAGACUAGUCAUGGCACCCACCUGCUCUCCACCAUGCCACCCCCAGGCCGUCUGCCGCUCCAACAACCUCUGUGAAUGCAACCUACACUACGAAGGAGAUGGGAGAACGUGCUCAGUGAUCGACAUGUGCAGCCAGGACAACGGGGGGUGCGCCAGGCACGCACAGUGCACACAGUUUGGUGUGAACGUCUCCUGUACAUGUGCUCCCGGGUACGAAGGUGACGGCUACGUCUGCGACCCCAUAGACAGGUGUGCGGAUGGUAGGAACGGGGACUGCAGCCAGCAUGCCAACUGCAUCAGCACUGGGCCGAACGAGCGGCGCUGCGAGUGCAAGCGGGGCUACAUUGGUGAUGGGAUCCAGUGCCUGGAAGAGGUCGUGCCCCCCACGGACCGGUGCCUGGAAGACAACGGACAGUGCCAUCGGGAGGCCAUUUGCACCGACCUGCAUUUUCACGAUAAGACUAUGGGUGUAUUUCAUCUGCAGUCACCCCGAAAAAAAUACGACUUCACUUACGAGCAGGCUCAGAAGGCCUGUGCCGCAGAAGGUGCUUCCCUGGCCACUUUCCAGCAGCUCUCGGCAGCACAGCAGAUGGGAUUCCAUCUGUGCUUGGUGGGUUGGCUGGACAAUGGCACAGCCGGAUACCCGACGGCCUACCCCAACCCCAGCUGUGGGGCUAACCGAGUGGGCAUUGUGGACUAUGGCUCCCGAAGCAACCUGACUGAGACCUGGGACGCAUUCUGCUACCGGGAGAAGGACGUGACUUGCACCUGCCGUGAUGGGUUUGUGGGAGAUGGGUACUGGUGCAGCGGCAAACUCCCGGAUGUGCUCGCAGAAAAUGCUCGCUUCUCCACCUUCUAUUCCAUGUUGCUCGAUUUUGCUAAUGACACAGAAGAAGGACUGGAUUUUUUCAUCUAUUUGUCUGAUGUCUCCGCUCCCAAAACUCUCUUUGUCCCUCUGAAUUCCGGCUUCGCAGACAAUGAAAGACUGACAGGAGAAGAACUGAAGCUCCAUGUGUCAUCCAGCAACGUCGUCCUCUUCAGCUUCAACCUCACAACAGGCACCAUCAUCCCAUCCCAGUCAGGAUAUGACCUCCAUGUAUCAGACCUCCCAGUGGGCAACAGUACAGAGCACUCAGAUGCCAAGAGGAUCAAUGACACGAUGAUUGUGGAGUACGACAUUGUAGCUUUCAAUGGCAUCAUUCACGCGAUUGCAGAGCCACUAAGGAUCCCACCACCCGUCGUUGAUCUUGGUCAG